AUGCCGGUGAUGAAGGGGUUGCUGGCCCCGCAGAACACGUUCCUGGACACCAUCGCCUCGCGCUUCGAUGGCAGCCAUAGCAACUUCAUCCUGGCCAACGCUCAGGUUCACCGCGGCUUCCCUAUCGUCUACUGCUCUGACGGCUUCUGCGACCUCACCGGCUUCGCCCGCACCGAGGUCAUGCAGAAGAACUGCAGCUGUCGCUUCCUGUACGGGGCCGAGACCAGCGAGUCCGUCCUGCAGUGCAUCGAGAAGGUUCUGGAUGGGAGGCAGGAGUACCAGACUGAGGUCUGCUUCUACAAGAAGGGCGGAGCCGCCUUUUGGUGCCUGCUGGACAUCGUGCCCAUCAAGAAUGAGAAGGGGGAGGUGGUUCUCUUCCUCGUCUCCUUCAAGGACAUCACAGAGAGCCGGGGCAAGAGCCACCCGGGAGACAGGAGAGAUGAGAAGCACCGGAGCAAGAAGGCGGGGAGCUCCCACCUGCGGGCGGCGCGCAGGCAGGGCCGGACGGUGCUGCACCAGCUCACGCGUCAGUUCACCGGCAAGGAGCGGGGCGAGAUGAAGAUCAACAGCAGCGUCUUUGGGAGCAAGCCGUCUGUUCCCGAGUACAAAGUGGCCUCGGUGCAGAAAUCCCGCUUCAUCUUGCUGCACUACAGCAUCUUCAAGGCCCUGUGGGACUGGCUCAUCCUGCUGGCCACCUUCUACGUGGCCGUCACCGUCCCCUACAACGUCUGCUUCACCGGCACCGAGGACAGUCUGGCCGCCGCCCGCAGCACCAUCGUCAGCGACAUCGCCGUGGAGAUGCUCUUCAUCCUGGACAUCGUCCUGAACUUCCGCACCACCUUCGUCAGCCAGUCGGGGCAGGUGGUGUACGACACCCGCUCCAUCUGCAUCCACUACGUGGCCACCUGGUUCUUCGUGGACCUGAUCGCAGCCUUGCCCUUCGACCUCCUGUACGCCUUCAACGUGACCGUGACCUCGCUGGUGCACCUGCUGAAGACUGUGCGUCUCCUGAGGCUGCUGCGCUUGCUGCAGAAGCUGGACCGCUACUCCCAGUACAGCGCCAUGGUGCUCACCCUGCUCAUGUCCAUGUUCGCCCUGCUCGCCCAUUGGCUGGCCUGCAUCUGGUACGUGAUCGGCCGGAAGGAGAUGGAAAGUAACGACCCCCUGACCUGGGACAUCGGCUGGCUCCACGAGCUGGGCAAGAGGCUGGAGGCGCCCUACGUCAACAGCUCCCUGGGGGGCCCGUCUGUCCGCAGCACCUACAUUGCCUCCCUCUACUUCACCCUGAGCAGCCUCACCAGCGUGGGCUUCGGCAACGUCUGCGCCAACACCGACGCCGAGAAGAUCUUCUCCAUCUGCACCAUGCUGAUCGGGGCCCUGAUGCACGCUGUGGUGUUUGGCAACGUCACGGCCAUCAUCCAGCGCAUGUACUCCCGCCGUUCCCUCUACCACACCCGCAUGAAGGACCUCAAGGACUUCAUCCGCGUGCACCGCCUCCCGCAGCAGCUCAAGCAGAGGAUGCUGGAGUACUUCCAGACCACCUGGUCGGUGAACAACGGCAUCGACGCCAACGAGCUGCUGCGCGACUUCCCCGACGAGCUGCGGGCCGACAUCGCCAUGCACCUCAACAAAGACAUCCUGCAGCUGCCGCUGUUCGAGACGGCCAGCCGGGGCUGCCUGCGCGCCCUGUCCCUGCACAUCAAGACCUCCUUCUGCGCCCCCGGCGAGUACCUGCUGCGCCAGGGCGACGCCCUGCAGGCCCACUACUUCGUCUGCUCCGGCUCCCUCGAGGUUCUGAAGGACAACAUGGUGCUGGCCAUCCUGGGCAAAGGGGACCUGAUCGGGGCCGACCUGCCCGGCAAGGACCAGGUGAUCAAAACCAACGCGGACGUCAAGGCGCUGACCUACUGCGACCUGCAGUACAUCACCCUGCGCGGCCUGGUGGAGGUGCUGGAGCUGUACCCCGAGUACUCCAGCAAGUUCAUGGCCGACAUCCACCAGGACCUCACCUUCAACCUGCGGGAAGGCAGCGAGAUCGAGGGGCUCCUGCGAUUUCCCAGAUCCCCUCGGUUAUCCCAGCCUCGCCCCGAGAGCGGCGCCAGCCCCGAGAAGCCCCUCCACUCCAUCCUGGAGGACGAGGAGGAGCCCGACGACGUCUUCCACCCUUCGCCCACCAGCCUGACCCACCGCAAGCUGCUGCUGCCCACCCUGCACAGCCCCGUGCGGCGUGGCUCUCUCAGCAGCCUGUUGGGCGACGAGCUGCGCCAGUUCUCAGCCCUGCGCCGCACCUGCCGCUCCCCCGCCCGCUGCAGCCGGGGCAGGAGCCCCUCUCCGCGGUGUCCGAGAGACAGCGAGAGAAGCAACGGCCGCAAGCCAGCCAACCUCCUCAUUCCCUCCCUGCACACGUCCGCCCCCCCGGACCUGAGCCCCAGGGUCGUUGACGGGAUCGAGGAUGAUGGCGGGACAGCGGAGAUGCAAACCUUCCAUUUCAACGUGGAGCCGCCUCGGCAGAGCUCGGUCGUAGACUCGCCGACGUCCGGGACGGAUGAGGCCAGCCCAGCCUUAGGCGCAGAAGCGGAGGAGAUAAAGCAGAACGUCAGCAGACUGAACCACGAGAUCAAUAACCUCAACCAGGAAGUUUCCCACCUCAGCCGGGAGCUGCAGCGCAUGAUGCACCUGCUCCGAAGCCAGCUGCUGUGUGCCCCAGCCUUGGCCUGCCCCUACGGCCUCCCCGUUCUCUCCUCCCCACCCCCGAAACCCAGCAGCGGGAGCGAGCAGCCGCCCAGACUGCCCCCAGCGGCAGUGCCACCUCGUCUGCCUUCGGCUCACGCCUCCAUCUCGGUGCCGCUGUCACCGCCGCCGGGGGAUGCUGGAGUCUCUCCUGGCACCACCUCUGCCGAGGUCCCUGGCUCCCGGAGCUCGCCCCCAGACAGCCCCCGGGAGCCGGAGGGGCUCCACGCUUCCAGAGACUCAUCCCACGCGCCUUCCAGCCGUUACCGCCUGCCCCGGGCGGACGUGGACGGGGCCCACCUCCCACCGACACAAGCUGCCCCGCUCUGCGGUCAGACUCCCAGUCUUCCCUACUCGCUCGCAGGCCCCCCGGUCUUGUGCCCUCUGCCCUCGCCCCCUGCCGGCCCUGGCCCGGCCUUCCCCAACUGCUCCUCUCAGAGCCACCCCCCGCCACACCUCUGCUGCAGAUCAGACUCGGAAAGCUUCCAUUGA